UGGCGCCCUGGCCCGAGCGUGGCGGCGGUCCUGGCGCCUGUCGGCCUCCCCGCUGACCGGCCGCGGUGCCCGCUGACCCCCGGCCCGGGUAUCCGGGUCUGCCCGCCUCUAGCAUGAUAGCCGCGGCUCGGUUCAGCUCCUCCACAAAGAUUCCACUGACCAAUGAGCUGCAGGGCCGCCUGAACAGGAAGUGACGUAUCUGUGCGGACCAAUCGGCGGUUGUAAAACGGCAGCGGGCGGAAGGCCCGCCCCCUGACUGUCGAACCGGAGCGCGCCUCGAGAAGAGCCGUGCGAACCCGUCCGAGCUCCGCGGUGCCGCUCCAGUUUCAGCAACAUGGAUACAGAGUUGUUUAUGGAGUGUGAGGAGGAGGAGCUGGAGCCAUGGCAACAGGUGGAUGACAGUGUGGAGGAAGAUGACAUGGACUUCAUGGACAACUACGGAGAGCCAGUGGAGGAUUCUCCAUCUCCACUCCCAGUCUCUGAGACUCCACCUCCAAGGACCCCCCCACCCAUCACACCUGCUGCAACAGCUUCAUCACCUGCCCAGGUCGCCUCCUCUUCCUCUGUGAUACCUCCUCCCUCUAUCGUUACCACCUCCUCCUCUGCCCCGCGCCUCCCUGUUGCCUCCACGGCCCCGCCCCUGAUGGCUCAAGCUCCACCACUCAUCCUGACUCAGACAGCGGGUGGAACGUUCCUACUUCCAGCGGCCACCGGCACCGGCAGCAGCCAGCCCAUCCUGCUCACCACUACACGGGGUUUCCCGGUGCAGACGGUAGUGAACCCCGGCGCUCCUCUGGUUCUGAACCUGCAGCCGGGUCAGACGGUGCAGCCGCUCACGCUCAUCCAGUCCCCGUCGCUGGGUCAGCUGGUUCGGCCCAGUGUGGGCGUGUCGCCGGUCAGGCCAGGCCCCGCCCCCUCAGGAGGUCCCGCCCAGCCCGCCUCGACCUUCACUGCCAUGCAGCUGCCCGCCACGCUGACAAUUCGCACCAGCACACCAGCACCCGUUAACCUCCAGGUGACCCAAGUGGGCGGAGCCAAUACACUGAAGGUGGCUGGGUCCCCCGCCCUCCCCUUGGGUUCAGCCAAUGGCGUCACCAGAGCCACUCCCAUCAGCAGCGCCGCUCGCUCCGCCCCUUCGACUGUCAGCACAAACUCGGCUGACUCCACCCGUGUGGUGAUGAGCGUGGAGGAGUUUUAUUAUGGCACAUUUGAAGGUGAUCUGAGUCUGAGGAAGCCCCUCCCACUGGGAAUCAAAACCUCCACCUUCACCUGCCAGAUCUGCUCUCACCUGUCAGAGAAUAACCUGAGGUUGAUGCAGCACAUGCUCCAGCACUCAGAGCUGAUUAAUGGCGGCGGCGAUGAUGACAGGAAGUGCUGCAGGUUCUGUUACCGUCAGUUCUCGUCUGACGCUCAGCUGCAGAGCCACGAGGACCAGGUGCACGGCCCCACCCUCUCCUCCUGUAUGUGUCGUAUCUGUGAGUGGGCGUUUGAAAGCGAGCCGCUCUUCUUAAACCACAUGAAGUCCAACCACAAACCGGGUGAGAUGCCUUACGUUUGCCAGGUGUGUUCGUAUCGCUCGUCCUUCUACUCAGAUGUCCUGCAGCACUUCGCCAGCUUCCACAGAGACUCGUGCUUCCUGCUCUGUGUUUUCUGUCUGAAAGUGACCAGAAAUCCCGUCAGCUACCGGCAGCACCUGCUCAAACACCAGAUAAACCAGGCCUUCCACUGUAACAGGUGUCGUCUGCAGUUUGUUUUCCUCAAAGACAAGAUGCAGCACAAACUGGAAAACCACCGCAGCUUCCGCCGCCCGCCUCAGCUGGAGGGCCUGCUGCCGGGGUCAAAGGUGACCAUCAGGACCUAUGGCAAGAUGAGGCCCUCAGUGACAUCAGGAGGAAGCCGCCUCCUUCAGAACCCCGCCUCCCUCAUCCAGCCAAUCAACAUCAAGAUGGAGCCACAGAGGUCUCUGAUCCAGAAGAACCCCACGGUGUCAAAAUUACCGCGGUCCCCAACCAAGAAGCUGGGCAGCCGUCGAAUCCAUGGCAACAGGAGGUCAGGUGAUGACGACAGGUUGGUGUGUUUGGAGUGCGGGACCGACGCCUCGGAUUUCUCCGCCCACUAUCCGACUCACGUCCACUGCCUGCUGUGCCCCUACAGCAGCUGCUGCUCCCGGGCCUAUGCUGCUCACAUGAUCAACCACCACGUCCCGCGCUCCAAAGACAAAGCCGUCCCCCUGCACAGGCUGCCUCCUCCAUGCCCGUUCCACCUGCAGUGCUUCAGGUGUGAGUUCAGUUCUCAGACGGCUGACCUGAUGGCCAAUCACCUGCUGAUGAACCCAGAGCAUCACAGCGCCACCUGCAGGAUCAGGACCUAUGUUGAACCGGACAUCCAGUUCUGCCACAGUGAGGAGCCACAAUCUUCAGAGGGAAGGGAUCUAGACCAGAACAAGGACUUUCCUGACCCCUCCUGGAAGUCAGCAGAUGGUUGGAAACAGCCAGCAGGGGUUAACGAUGCCUACUCUUCCAUCCGCCCCUUCACGCAGAACAGUGGCCCUCACCACUUCCUGUCCAAGAGCAGCGACGCCAUCGACUACUUCAGCCUGGUCUUCCCAGCAGCACUCAUCGAGCUGAUCACCAGUGAGACCAACGCCCACGCCAAAACUUGCCGUUUCCUCAGCAACGCCUGCCUUGACUGGAUUCCCGUCACCACCCACGAGAUCAAAGGUUUCAUCGGCCUGGUUAUUCUGAUGGGCAUCCAAAACCUUCCCGACCCGUCGCACUACUGGUCCUGGAGUCACUAUGACAACAGCUACACUUUCUAUCGAGCAAUGAGCUUUAAACGCUUCAAGCAGAUCGCCACUAACAUCCGCAUGGGCAGCUUUACCACAGACGAGUACCGUGGCACCAGCAAUCCCAGCGAUUCGAUACACAUCUUCAGGGCGAUGCUGGAAAUCCUGAGCAAAGCCAUGUGGAAUGCCUACCGGCCGAACUGCUGCCUAACCAUCGACAGGGCGCUGCUGCCCAGCCUAGAAGAGGGCAGCAGCCAAACCAAAGGGAACCCGAAGACUCAACCUCAGGUCUGGCUGCUCUGUGACUCCAAGUCUGGUUACUGCCACCGUCUCUUCAUACAGAUGGGGGUUAAGGCGGGUCAGGAUCCAGGCUUCACCGUAGUGCCGGAACUGGUGAACGGUCUGGAGGGAAAACACCACCAGCUCUACCUUGCUAACUCGCUCACGUCUGUUCCACUUAUGCAGAAGCUUCUGGAUCAGGGCAUUUAUGCCUCCAGCUCCUUCCCUCCUCCCAGCCCCAUCCUACCCAGGGAGCUGUGGGAGGAGGGCAAGCUAGAGAAACCAGGGGACUUCCUACAAAGACAGUUUGGCCCCCUGCUAGCCACUCGCUGGAGGGAUACCAAGGAAAUGGGGUGUCUAUCAACAAAUGCAACUCCAAAUGAGCCAGAUACUGUUUGGAGAAGGUCUCAGACCAAAGUAGGUGGACUGGACCCCAUCGACCGCCCCAUGGCCUUCCGCUUGUUGCAGGAGAACAUGCGGGGUGUCGACAUCUGCAAGCAGCUGCUGGCGUGCAACCCGCUGGGAGGGGUCCCUCAGGACCGUCACUGGCGCAGCCUCUUCUGGUUCCUGAUCAACCUGAGCAUCGUCAACGCCUUCAUUGUGCUGCGUGAGAGCCGCAAAGAGAACCCUCCCGCCUGGGUGCAGGAUGGUCUUUUUACUCAGGUGAAUUUCCGCAAGCGUUUGGGCAAUCAGCUCGCCAAGUGUGCCCAGAAAUACUUCGAGACAAUGGAGAUUGCGACGUCGCGCGUGACAAGGAACGAGGUUGCAGAGGAGCCGGUCAAACAAAGGCACAGGAUGACGAAGAUCAGCAAUGUCUCCAAGAGGUGCAAGAACUGCAACUUGAAGAACAUCCGCCACGAGAGCGUGUAUGGCUGCAUCGUCUGCAAAGCCAACCUGUGCAAACAGCCAAGCUGCUUCUGGGAAUAUCACGGCUUGUCGUCUCUAAACAAAGGAUCAAUCAAAGUUGGGUUUCUCAAAGACAGAAUAAGCGGAGCGAUUGAGGUGGACGAGGUUUUGGACAGUGUGGACGAGACGAUGGGCCCUGUGGAGGACCUGGACUUUUCCGAUGAUGAGAGACUGGACGACCUGGAUGACGCUGAAGAAACUGAAGAGGUUAAGGAAGACUUUAUCAAAGAUGUGAAACAUCCAGACUUUCAUAUGCCAUCAACAGCAAACGGCCAUGCCCAACCACCGGCCAUUGCACCUGCCUCUAAAGAGCGUGAGGAUUCCCUGACCGCCCGUCAGCUGAGGAUUGCCCUGUUCGCUCUGUGUGAUGGACUCCGCCAGGCCUCUCGCGUCUUUGCAAGCGAGGCUCCGCUUAUCCGAUCCUGGCUGAAAGAGGCCCGGAAGCGGCUAAAGGAAACUGAGCAGGAGCAGAAGGUCCAAACCAAUGGUGCGGAUCGUAUGGUGGCCUGGGUGCUAUCCAUGCGUGAACAGCAGCUUCCUAUCACAGAGAGCAACCUCUUCCACAAAGCCUCCACCCUCAAGAAGAAAGGAGGUUUUAGUGACUCCUUCCGCAUCUCUUACGACUGGGCGGUGAACUUCAUGCUGGAGCACCGACUUGGUGUGCAGAGUUCUGGCAGGGCUGCGACACUGGAUCGCAUCCUGCCGCCUUUUCUGGAAGCCAAAGUAAAGACCUUCAGGGAGUUUACCCAGAAGAUCAUCCAGACCCACAAGCUGACAAAGAGCACCGUUGCCGCGAUGGAUGAGCUUUGCAUCUUUGUGGACUUGAGGUUGGUUCAGGAGAAGUCUCGCCGCUCAGAGGCCUUGGAAUUCACAGGGUCUUUGCCUCUGCUCACCGCGUACCUGACGGUGCUGGCUGACGGCACCAUGCUACCUGCUCUGGUGCUGGGAAACAGGAAGCUCAAUGAAAGAGACCUGCCAGAGUUCGUUUUGCUGGAGGCCAGUCCAGAAGGGCUGUCGGUGGAGGAAGCGUUGGACCUCUGGAUUAAUAAGGUGUGGCUGCGCACCGGCCCGGCUCAGCAUAGUAAGUCAGUGCUGGUCCUGGACCGGCAUCGGGAGCACCUGGGAGAUCAUUUCCUCACCUCCAUCAGCAGCUCAGGGACUCUGCCAGCGGUCAUCCCUGGUGGGUGUUCCUUCUGUCUGCAGCCGCUGGAGAUCUGCGUGAAGCCGGUGCUGCAGCGCUUCCUGCUGUCACGCUGGUCAGAGUUCACUGCCAGGAAUCCAAUGGAGAUCAAGGAGACAUCACCCCAGUCCCUCCAAGCAAACGUGGGUCAGGUGUUAUUUGACUGGUUGGUCGAGGCUCUGACACACCUGAAUAAAGUCCCACAGCUUUGGAAGAAGUCGUUUGACCUGACGGGUCUCCUGGUGGGGCCCAACGAGGAGAACGUGGAAUUGGACAACAGAACAACAGCUGAUAAAAGAGGCGGGAUUCAGUCCGAGCUACUGAAGAUGCUGACGGAGAUCCUGCUUGGUGCUGAAGCUUCAGAGACAGAGUCUCCAGAUCUGCUGGAACUGGAGGAUGAAGAGGACUCAGAGCAGGAGGAACAAGCUGUGAAAGAAGAAGAGACAUCAGAAGAGAAUCAGGAGGACAAAAAAGAUGAAGAGAAGAAAGAGGACAGGGAAGAGACAGGGAAGGAGUCAGAACAAAGGGAGCAGAUGGAGGAGGAAGGGAAAGAAGCGGAGGAGAAAGGUAGGACAGAGGAGGAGAUGGUGGAAGAUGAGGAGGCAGACGGGAAGAGCAGUGAGGAGAAACAGGAGGUUAAAACAAUAGAGGAGGACAGUGAAGAAGAGGGCAAGGAGACAGAAGAGGAUAGGAAGGAGGUGAGCAAGGAGAGAAGGGAGACCAGGAUAGUGAUUGGCGAGGAGGUUGGGGAUGAGUGGAAGAUAACAGUGAAGAGCCGGGCCGAGGCCAACGGCGAGGAGGGCAGCAGGAAGGAGGAAAGCUGAACAAGGUGGAGGUCCACAGGCUUGACUUUGCACCAUCUCUUAACACUACAGGAGGACGGUCUGGGGGCGGAACCUGUCGGUGCUAGCACACCUGUCAAGGUAUCGACUGUAAGCUACUGCAGCUGUGUGCUAACAUUACAGGCACUGGGGGUUUCGGGGCAAACCGGGGUACAACAGUGGAAACGGCUCUUUGAUCGUUCCGUUCUGUUUCUUUUAUUUGAGCGCCAUCUAGCAGACAACAGGGGAACUGCACCCCGUUCGUGUGAACCAUGCGGACGGAUGGGAACAUUUUUGCUUCGUUUGUUAUUUUUGGUAAUAAAUGAACCUUGAAGGUUUGAGUUUUACACAGAAAGGGAUCGUGGAGUGGCCGAGUCACCGCUCAUGUUUUUAUAUUUACGGUCAGAUUUGUUUCCAGACCAGCCAAUCAGGAUCCAUCUCCAUCUGCUCUCAAAGUAAGGUCUGUUUCAUAAAAGGUUAAAAACCUCUCAGAAGUUCCUGCGUCCAGGUCGACUCGUUGGGCCAAUGUGAUCCUCCAGGAAAACUGACACGGAAAUGUGCUAACAAACCGAAACGGUCACAAAAAAACGACCACAGGUGAAAACGUCGUGUGAGGUGCAGAUUCAUCACCGCAUGCAGAAAGUGAGCGUGUUCUCUAACGUGAUCGAACGGUUCAGUCAUUAAAAUGAGCAGCAGUGGACCUCCGCCUCGAUGGCAUCAUCAUACCAAAAACUCCACCCGUGUUCGGAGCAUGAGUCGAGUUUGGGUAUGAUCAUGGGUGGUCGCAGUAAUCCCACUCAGGCGAUCACGUCAACCCUAAAGCAAGAAACGCAAGGUGAAUGCUGGUUCUCUUCUGAUGAACGAUGGAGUCCUGGAAGCCGAUUGGCUGGUCUGGAUCUUGUGGACAGGAAAAGUGUCCGUCUGAUUAUGACUCUUCGUGAAGCUGAUGAUGUUUUGGUGCUGCUGUACAGACUUCAGAUGAUGUUCCUCAUUAAUAAAACUAGAAUCUUCA